CCGGCGCUGGGGAGCCCGUCAGAAGCGCCGGCCGGGCCGGAGCGGGUGAAGCAGGGCUGGCCGCCCCCCGCCUCCUCGCUGAUAGGGGAUUAAACAGAAGAUGGACAGAUAAGAAAAGUAUUGAGCAUCUCCAGGGAAUCAGAAACCAAUAUGAGAGAAAAUAAGAGAACUCUCAGAAAAUUUUUUAUUUACAAGUGUCUGUUGGCAUUGACUUUUUGGAACCAGGUCAGCCUGACUGUGGAAAAUGAGGUCUUUACAUCUGCUUCUAAUGAUUUUCCAGAAGAUGGUUCUGACAAAAAAAUCAAGACACUGCCUCUACUGUAUGGAAAGAGUAAUCAGUACAAAACUAAUUUUGACUGGGUUGUUAUUCAAAAUACUACAGAAAGCCUGUCACUGUCAGAAAUCACAAAUUAUAAUGUAAAAUUGUUAGUAGCUUUGUUAUCUGGUUUCAGACAAGGCUCCAGCUUACGAAAUCUGACACUGACCAAUGUGUUGGUGGACUGGGAUGCUCUUAUUGAAAUUUUUCAGACUGUAUGGCACUCAUCCAUUGAAUACUUCAAUAUUAACAAUAUAACACAAUUGUCCGACAUUACACAGUCUGACUUUGACUAUUCAGGUACCUCUAUGAAAGCACUGACAAUUAAGAAAGUUUCAAUCACAGAUCUGUACUUCAUACAGGACCACUUAUACAAAAUAUUUGCAGACAUGAAUAUUGCUGCCUUGACAAUAGCUGAAUCAGAGAUGAUACAUAUGCUGUGUCCUUCAUCUGGCAGUCCCUUUAGAUACUUAAAUUUUUCAAAGAAUGAUUUAACAGAUCUUCUUUUUCAAAAAUGUGACAAAUUAACUCAAUUGGAGACAUUAAUUUUGCAGAGAAAUAAAUUUGAGACCCUUUCCAAAGUAAGCCUCAUGACCAGCCAUAUGAAAUCACUGAAAUACCUGGACAUGAGCUACAACUUGCUGAGUCACGAUGGAGCUGACGCGCGAUGCCCAUGGGCUGAGUCUCUGACAGAGUUGGACCUGUCCUCCAACCAGCUGUCGGAUUCCGUGUUUGAGUGCUUGCCCGUCAACGUCCAGAAAGUCAGCCUCCAAAGCAAUCAGAUCACCAGUGUCCCCAAGGGGACGGCUGAGCUGAAAUCCUUGAGAGAGCUGAACCUGGCAUCCAACAGGCUGGCCGACCUGCCGGUGUGCAGUGCCUUUUUGUCCUUGGAGUUCCUGAACGUAGAGAUGAACGCGAUCCUCAGCCCGGCUGCCGACUUCUUCCAGAGCUGCCCAGGGGUGAGGGAGCUGCAAGGCGGGCACAACCCCUUCAAGUGUUCCUGUGAGCUGCAGGACUUUAUCCGCCUGGAGCGGCGGUCUGGGGGGAAGCUGUCUGGCUGGCCAGGGGCCUACCUGUGUGAGUACCCGGAGGACUUGCGAGGGACGCAGCUGAAGGACUUCCACCUGAGCGACCUGGCUUGCAACACGGCGCUCUUGCUGGGGACGGCUCUGCUGCUGACGCUGGUGCUGGUGGCUGUCGUGGCCUUCCUGUGCAUCUACCUGGACGUGCCGUGGUACCUGCGGAUGACGUGGCAGUGGACGCAGACGAAGCGGAGAGCUUGGCACAGCCACCCCGCAGAGCAGGAGAGCGUUCUGCAGUUUCACGCCUUUGUUUCCUACAGCGAGCGCGAUUCGUUGUGGGUGAAGAACGAGCUGAUCCCAAACCUGGAGAAGGGGGAGGGCUGCGUACGGCUGUGCCAGCACGAGAGAAACUUUAUCCCCGGCAAGAGCAUUGUGGAGAACAUCAUUAACUGCAUUGAGAAGAGCUACAAGUCCAUCUUUGUGCUGUCUCCCAACUUUGUGCAGAGCGAGUGGUGUCACUACGAGCUGUACUUUGCCCAUCACAAAUUAUUCAGUGAGAAUUCCAACAGCCUGAUCCUCAUUUUACUGGAGCCAAUCCCUCCGUAUGUUAUCCCUGCCAGGUACCACAAGCUGAAGGCUCUCAUGGCAAAGCGAACCUACCUGGAGUGGCCAAAGGAGAGGAGCAAGCGUGGCCUUUUCUGGGCUAACCUGAGGGCAGCUAUUAGCAUUAACCUGCCAGUGACUGAUCGAAAGAGUUGUGGGGAAACAGAUUAUGAAUCAUUCUAAUGGAGUUUCUGUUUUUUUCUUGGUGAAGAAAUAAAUGCUUUGAUUUUCA